AUGAAAAACGUGCUUAUAUUUUUAGCUGUACAAAAUGAACGAGCACCACGUCAUGCAACUAAACGAGCAUUGCCUCUUCCUCCUCCUCCACCACCACCACCACCACCUCCUCCUUCUAUUUCACUUCCUCGAAUGCAAUGUUGGACACCACCAACAGCUGCAGGGUAUGUAAACGAGUCACCACAAGUGACAAUGCCAUUUGGCUUUCGAAAUUUAGCCAUUAAUAAUACUUCAUCUCCAUUAUGGUCUCGAAUGAUUUUUCCACAACAACAACAAAAAUUUAAUUCAUCAUUGGAUUCAACACAACAAACUAUAUCGGAUUUUUCUAAUACUGAUGAAACACAUUUAUCACUUGAUAUUAGCAAUGAUGAAAUUAUAUGUGAAACAGCUUCAUUUAUUUUACUUGAAUCAAUUCGAUGGUUAUAUUUAGUGCCUUCAUUUAAAGAUUUAAAUGAAUAUGAUCAAUAUUUAUUAAUUGAACAAUCAUGGUCAAUUAUAUUCUUAUUAACAUCAGCUGAAAUGAAGAAAUUUAUUGAUCAAAAUGAUAAUGAAUCAUUUGAUGAAGAAAAUCAAUAUUUAUUAUUUCAAUCAAUUGUUAAAGAUUUAAUUUUACAUUCAAUUGAUCAAACAGAAUAUACAUUACUUAAAUUAAUUAUUAUUUUUAGUAUUCCAACAAAUUAUGAAUUAAAUGAACGAUUUAUAAUUGAUAAAUAUCGAAAAGAUGCUUUAUUUAUGUUAAAUGAAUAUACAAGAAAUUCAAAAUAUCGUCGUUUAGCUGAACUUUUAAUGUUAUUAUCACAUAUUCAAGAAACAAUGUCAACAAUCUAUUUAGAUAAAAUAUUCUUCCGACAUUUAAUUAAUCGAAUAUCAAUGCAAAAUUUAUUACGUAAUAUUAUUCGACAUAUUCGAGCAUUUUCCCGAUAA